GUUCUCUCUUUCCUUCCGACUUUCCCACUGCCGUGACGAUUUUCACAGCGAAUUCUCCGGCCGGCGCCGCCCCGUCCGUCCGUCCGUCCGUCCGUUCAUUCCGAUACCGAACUCGCCAGUCGCCACAGCGAUCUCUCUCGCUCGCUCCGCCGACGCAGCGCUCGGCUUCAGCUCGAGAGGAGGAAAUGGCCAGCAGCGGCUACGAAGGGAUCCUCCUGGGAAUGGGGAACCCCCUCCUCGACAUCUCCGCUGUCGUCGACGAGGGCUUCCUCGCCAAUGGUGUGAUGCGGACUCCAGCAUCACCAAUUCACCCUCUCUGUUGUAUCCAACGGCAGUUGGGAGAGCAUCACCAAUUCACCUCUCUGUUGUAUCCAACGGUGCUCAAAUGGGUAUGAUGUGAAGCCGGGCAAUGCCAUUCUUGCAGAGGACAAGCAUUUGCCAAUGUAAGUCUCGUUGCCCCUUUAGCUCCCAUUGCGGUUUGAAAUGUUGGUUAUCGAUACUAGCUUGUCCUGAACGGAGAAUGGGAAACAAAUUCUUGAUGUUGUCACAUUAAGCACCCAUGAGACGGGGAGAAACGUAGUGGACUCCUAAUUUUUAUGGCCAGGUAUGACGAAUUGGCUAGCAAGAGCAAUGUUGAAUACAUUGCUGGAGGAGCCACUCAAAACUCUAUCAGGGUUGCCCAAUGGAUGCUUCAAAUUCCUGGUGCAUCAAGUUACAUUGGUUGCAUCGGGAAGGAUAAGUUUGGUGAGGAGAUGAAAAAAAAUGCACAAGCUGCUGGUAUUAAUGCCCAUUAUCAUGAGGAUGAGAAUGCUCCAACGGGCACAUGUGCUGUUUGUGUUGUUGGUGGAGAAAGGUCACUUAUUGCUAACUUGUCUGCGGCAAACUGCUAUAAGUCUGAACAUCUGAAGAAACCUGAGAAUUGGGCACUUGUUGAGAAGGCAAAAUAUAUUUACAUUGCUGGAUUUUUCCUUACGGUAUCCCCGGAUUCUAUUCAACUUGUUGCUGAGCAUGCCGCUGCAACUAACAAGGUGUUUAUGAUGAACCUUUCUGCUCCCUUUAUAUGCGAGGUUUUCCGUGAUGCCCAAGAGAAAGCUCUUCCGUACGUGGAUUACAUCUUUGGAAAUGAAACUGAGGCGAGGACCUUUGCUAAAGUUCGCGGUUGGGAGACCGAGAAUGUUGAGGAGAUCGCUUUGAAGAUCUCCCAAUUACCGAAGGCUUCAGGAACACACAAGAAGAUUACUGUUAUCACUCAAGGUUGCGAUCCGGUAGUUGUGGCCGAUGAUGGAAAGGUGAAAACUUUCCCUGUGAUCCUCUUGCCUAAGGAGAAGCUUGUUGACACCAAUGGUGCAGGUGAUGCGUUCGUUGGUGGCUUCCUGUCCCAGUUGGUACAAGAGAAGAACAUCGAUGAGUGUGUCAGAGCUGCCUGUUACGCCGCCAAUGUUGUCAUCCAACGUUCUGGCUGCACUUACCCUGAGAAGCCUGACUUCAACUAGAGCCAUUUCAGAAUUUAGAAUCUAUUGGCAUCUGGUCUGUAUAAUUAGUCGGGUUCGCCUUGGUCUGUUUGCGGCACAUUCUAGUGCCACCGUACAGGUCAAAUGUUCAUGCGUGUAAGGCGUGUCAUGGCACUCUACAAAAGUGCAUUCGUGCGUCACCUCUUGCAAGGGAAACCAGCUGGUUGUAAGUUCAGCCAUGGGCACACUCUUGAGGCCACAAUAUGUGCCAGAAAUGGCAGUGUACCCCGGCCUGCCCCGGCACUCGGAUGCGUGCAUGCCUCUCCCGGUUACGGACUCUUUACAGUUGCAUCUAAAACAAUUCAAAGCACCUUGCGGUGCAUCCUUGAAAA